AUGGCUGCCUCCUCCUCGUCAUUUGCUUCUUCAAAAGAGACAACCAAUUAUGCCAGGCUUUGCCGUCUCCUGGCAGGUAUUGGAUCUCAGGUACUGCGAUCCACUUUUGACAAAAUACAUCCACCGGCGAAUCUACAAAAAGUUUUGGGAAGUAAAUCUGUGCACUACCCUACAUUGCAAAAACUGUACAGAGGGAAGAAGAAAGUGCUGAAUCCCACUCAAUGGGGGAAGCUUUACCCUGCCCAUUCGCCCGUGUCAUCCGCAGCCUUUGACAUCACACUCCUGACAGUGCUACUUAGAAGUAUCUGUGGUUUGAGUCCUCCUGCCACUGGUUGGGAUAAUCUUCCCUCACCUGCAAGCACAAGCAUCGCUGAUGACAUCGCCAGGGUGAAGUAUUACAGGAACGCUGUAUACGCCCAUGCUUCUCAAGCCUUUGUGGAUGAUAGUAGUUUCAGUGCUUAUUGGCAGGAAAUACGAGAAGCUUUGGUGAGACUGGGAGGAGCUCAAUUUCGAGUUGAUAUCGACAAUCUUGAGCACGACUGCAUGGAUCCGGAUAUCGAGGAACAUUAUCGUGAACUGAUGAAGCAAUGGAAGAAAGACGACGAUAGCAUCAAGAACAAACUUGAAGAGAUUGAAGGUAAGAUGACCUGUUUUCAAUGCCUUUUACAUGGAGCAGUGUCCUAGAAUGUGCUCUUUCUAAUUUGUUCAAGAAGGGCAACCUGUUAGGAAGUCAUCGGGUAUUCGUUGAUAAAUGCAUCCUAUUUUUGUACCUUAAAAACGCGACACUUGCGUUACUAAGAUGUGUACCUUAAAAACUCGAAAGUAUGAUGUGAUGGCGUUUCGCUGUAGGCCGUUUGCUAAAAUGAUCUGGCUGGUAUUUUCAUCGUCCAGAAUGCCUAUUGUUCUCGCGACGUUUUCUUGCAGUAGAAAAAAAAUAAUCAUAGAUCUGUAAUAUUAGCGGCGAACCGUGCACCAGUUGGUUUUUGUUGGUCGAGAAUUUGCGCCCCUUCCUCCACAAGGAAUAUUGCCCUUGCUCAUUAACUUGUCAGGGUGGAGGUAGGAAACGAAGGCCAUGCAUGUUAUUGUUAGUGGAUUUGUUUUCGUUUUAUCCCACAUCUAACCGCUAGUUUUUAAAGGUCGCCAUAUCAAAUGCUAAAGCCUGCCAAAGGCUUUUUGCGCCUGAAUGUCUGCCAAAGGCAAUUGCAUUCUUCUUUUCACCCCAUCCUUGAUCAAAAUACACCCGAAAAGAGGUUAAAAACGAAGAGGAAAUGCGCUUAAGAAUACUCACUUAGAAAGAAAAAGACUUCAAAGUUUCGAAAUCGACCAUUAAAACAUACUAAGAAACCAUAUGGAAAUAUUUUGUCGGAAUGUACGCUAAAAUCAUCAAGGUGGUAUUUCCGUUUAAUUUUUUGCUCCAUUCUUGAUCAAAGCACACCUUUAGAGACCUCGUCAAAAUCGACGAUGACAACAGCGUCAACGAUAGAUAAGGAAAUAUUUUGUCGCACCACGUGAGCGAUUUUAAUUCUUGCUUCCAAGUUAAUUUUCGCGUAUCUGUUUGGCUGCCAUAUGGCGAUAUGUUACAUAUAUUUGGCAACUGGUUUGAAGUGUUUUGAAGUUUUAAAGAUUUGUUUGAUUUGACGUUUUGACAUUUACAUUUCAAUUUGUAGAGAGCAUAAAACAGUUACAGGAAUUCAGUAAAUUAACGGACACCAAACUUACCAGGAUGGAGAUUGAAAUGAAGGAGUUGAAUGAAAAGCUGGGUAACCAGGCAGUCUCACAGGAAUUCAGGAUGAAAUUAAUGGACACCAAACUUUUACCAGGAUGGUGAAUUGAAAUGUAGUCGAGUUUGAAUGAAAACCUGGGUAACCAGGCAGUCUCAGCUGAGGGACGUCCAAACAAACAGGAAAAAGUCUUAAAUCGAAUUUUUGUUGAAAAAUUGUAUACUGAUAGAGUGCAACUGAAAUAGUUCAAUUUCUCCACCAAAACUUGGGAUUCUUCAAAACAUACCGAUUCAUCUAUUACCAAUUUAGUGCCUAUCAUCGACAGUCCUUAUAACUACCGUGAAAUUUAUAUGAUUCUAAAUGACAAGUUUGAUAAGAUUUCCGAUCCGCAGAGGAAAGAUUCUUUGCUUAGUUUGUUUUGUUACAGGAAAAUUUAGUGAUUUUCCGUGUGUGUUUGAACUUAUUAAUGUCUUCGUUUUCUCUCAAUUUUUAAGACAUUGAGCUUUUUUUAAUGCUUUUUAAAAAGAUUACUGGUAAAAGUUACUUGUACAUAUCGCCUUUGUGCAGUUGAACAUCUUUUUUUUUGUUUCUGUAAAUAGACAUUCUUUUCGACCUUUACUGGUAAGUUACUUCUCAGAGAAGUUGAACUUAUUUCCGUAAAUUAGUUCUUUUCGCACGAUAUUUUUCCUCGUUGCGACUUGUUCAAAAGGAUCCUCGGCUGUUAUAAAAAUUGCUGUGUAUUUUAAUUAUAUUCUGUACAGUAUAUUUACGAGUUUUCCAGUGUCACUUUGGUUUAUUUCAGGUGCUUUUGAUCCAACUGAGCUAAUCGAUGGAAUUCGCCAACUGUACGAGAGUCGCGAGGGAUGGCUUUCACCGUUUCCAUGGUGUGAACAGUUUCAGUAUUUUGUCGGUGAUAUUUUUACAAGGCUCAAAGUGGUCAGAAGAAAGAAAACUAGAGGAGAAGUCACUGACAAGAUCAUUACCAUGUCGUCUCUCUUGAAUCCACACGAAGAGUGUUCAGAACCGAAAAAGGUGCUGAUUGAAGGAAAACCAGGAAUAGGUAAAACUACCUACUGUAAAAAGUACGUUUAUGACUGGGCUACAAAAAAGCAGAACACCCAUGAUUGUGUCAUAGACAUAAAAGCAGUGUUGUUCCUUAAAUGUCGUGAUAUCAAGUCCGAUAUUUGGGAAGCCAUUGAUGAUCAGCUUCUGCCCCGAGAUGUCGACAAACACGUCAAAAGCAGUUCUUUCAAUUUAUUCGUACUAACCAAUCCAGCAUUUUAUUGA